AUGUGUGCGGGGGAGCGCGUGAUCCUCGACUCGCGGUUGCGGGUGUGUGGGGCGGGGCGGCGUGGGCGCGGCGUGCGCGCGCAUAUUCCUCCCGCUCACCCCCCACCCCCGCGGAGCCCCCUCACGACCUCGCACGGCCUCCGCAUAGUCCGCGAAUCGCGCCCCGCGAGCAACCCGCGCCCAGGAGCUCGCUCCUCGCCUCGUAGCCGCUUGCCCCGGCCUACGGACAAACUUUUCCGCCGUAGCCCCGCUUCU